AUGGCCGAGAAGAAGACUCUGAAGAUCCAAUACAAAGACCACAAACACUGCCUCCAGCUGACCAUGGCCGCGCCGCCUAUCUCGCUCUUGCAUGCUGCACCAUUGCACAAGCUCCAAUUUGGGGGUAUGACAGGAUACUCUGUCUCCUUCGGCAUCUUUCAAGAAUACUAUAGCGAUCCCAUGCACGGCAUAGAUGCUUCUGCUGGAGCCAUCGCCACUGUGGGGUCCAUGCAAAUGGGCAUCAUGUAUCUCCUGAUGCCUGUCAUAUUCGUGAUACUGAACAAAUAUCCACAUCUCCGGCGUUGGUGUGGUCCUGCUGGACUUUUGAUCACAAUGACAAGCUUGUCUGCCUCUGCUUUCGUCAGCAGCAUCGUGGGCUUAAUCGCCACCCAAGGCGCACUCUAUUCAAUUGGCUGUGGACUUCUCUUCAGCCCCAUCUCUCUCUAUAUGGACGAGUGGUUCAUUCAACGAAAGGGACUCGCCUACGGGAUCAUGUGGUCGGGCAAAUCGUCAGUUGGCGUAGCCAUGCCUUUCGUCUUCAGCAGCUUGCUACGCCGCUUUGGUCUUCGCGCAACCAUCCUUUCGUGGACGAUAGCUUCUGCAAUUCUGAUAUUGCCGACGCUCUUUUUUCUCAAGCCCCGUAUUCCACUAUCAUCUACAUCUCGUUCCCGGCCCCUUUCGUUUGCGUUUCUCCGCCAUGCUUCGUUUUGGAUGAUGCAAAUUGGAAUCAUCGUCCAAUCUCUCGGCUAUCUCAUGCCAAGCACGUAUCUGGCCAGCUACGCCUCUGCCAUUGGUCUUUCUUCCGUAACGGGUCCGAUUUUGCUUGCAUUAUUCUCUACGGCAUCGGUGCCUGGAUCAUUGGUUCAUGGCUGGUUGGGAGAUAAGCUUUCAGCGACUAAAGUAAUCCUCCUUUCAUCCUUUGGAAGUGCCCUCCCUGUUUUUCUUCUCUGGGGACUUGGCCAUCAAAUUAGUACCAUGGUUGUUUUCGUCGUUCUUUAUGGCUUCUUUGCUGGAGGGUUUAGUUCCACCUGGUCAAGUAUGCUGCACGAGAUCAAACGAGAUGAUGGAGCUGCAGAAUCCUCUCUUAUCUUUGGUCUUCUAUUGGGAGGUCGAGGACUCGGAUAUAUCCUUGGUGGGCCGAUCAGUGGCUCGCUUUUGUCUAUAAAGGGGGCUAUUGCAGAGGAACCAUUGGGUUACGCCACCAAGUACGGUCCCAUGAUUCUCUGCACCGGUAUUACUGCCGUCAUGGGAGCCUGGGCUCCUUUAUGGAAGGGUGCGAAAAUCGUCGGCAAAGAGGCAUUUACAUCUUGCUCCCAUAUAUUCACUGCAGACUAA